CUAUAUUUCCAUUACAUUUUAAACCCUAAAAUUUCAUAAGCCCUCUCUUUCAUCGGUCUACUAGUUUCCUCAGGUCGCUCACAUUUCGAUUUUCGACCUGCUGCUCUCUCGAACCAGAUCCCCGUUAAGAUCAGUCCUCAAUCUCCUCUCUGUUUUUAUUUAUGCAUCCAAUCAAUUGAAUAUUUUUUAUGAUUUGCUUGCCGAUUAUGAAGCUUGGAGAAUUUAAUCGAAACGAUGAAUUUACUCUAAGUUCAACCACGAUUAAGAUAUUAGGUUAAUGAGAUCUAAAUCGGUGAUCAAUCAAUCAUGCUUUUUGGGGCAAUAAGAUCCAUAAUCCGACCUGUGUCAAGAACCCUAAUUUUAUCUCGCUCUAUCACAACCACUUCAUCCCCUUUAACUAAACCAUUGUUUUCUGCUGCAUACAACAAUGAGCUGCACCCCCUUUUUAGGUCAAUCCACAAGAGCCACCUGUUUUGGGGGCCCACAUCAGUAAGGGCAAUCCAAAGUCUAACAGAUACCCGUUUCCCAAAAAGAAGGCCUGUUGAUAAGCCUCGUAGGAAAAGGGCUAGCUUGAAGCCUAAAGGGCCUUAUGCUUGGGUUAAACAUGUUCCUGGUGAACCAAUUCCUGCAAAUCAACCAAAUGAAGGAAGUUUUAAACGUAGAAACGAAAAAAAGCGAAUAAAACAACGCCAUGCCUUCAUAUUGUCGGAAAAGAAGAAACGAAAGGUGCAAAUGCAAGAAGCCAACAGAAAGAAAAAGAUUGCGAGGAUAGAGAGAAAGAUGGCUGCAGUUGCAAGAGACAGGGCAUGGGCUGAAAGACUGGCUGAAUUGGAACAGAUUGAGGAAGACAAGAAAAAGGCGGCUAUGGGUACGACGGCUUGACGGCUUGAUUUGAAUGUUUGGAAGUUUCUAGAUACGUUUGAUGAUGACGUGGACAUUAGGAUCUAGAAGUGUAGCCUUUCGAGUAAUUUUCUAAAGAUUUUGUUUGGUUUAUAUCAAAUUGUUCAUUUCUAUCUUGAUUUUGGAGAAUAAGUUCACCUACUUCAAGGUUUCCGUA